AUGCUCCCCGCGGCCCCAGAGGUGCGCAACUGCGCGGUGAAGAGCCUGACGUCCGCGCUGUUUGCGCACGGCCGCAAGGUUGGCGUCGCCUGCUACAAGCGAUGCCUGCAAGACAUCCUUAUAGAGGUCUUGUCCGAGAUCCAGGAGCAGGGCCGGCUGGCCCGCAGCAGCAAGGGCGUGGGCGGUGCCUCCGGCCUCCUCGUGCACCACUCCCGCGACACCCCGGAGAAGCAGUGGGACGAGACCACCGUGCUUGCCGUGGAGGGCGUCAGGCGAGUGUUGAGUAACUUUGCAGAGGAGGCAGGCGACGUCGAGUUUGCCCCGCUGGCAUACGUGUUUCUGCUGCAGGUCCAGAGCAGCCUCCGCGCCCUGAGCCCCGAAGUCUCCGGCACGGCGCUCCGGGCGCUGGUAGACCUCAUGCGCGUCCCGGCCUCCAGCCAUGAGUUCGAUUCAGACGUGCUCGCGAUCAGUGCGGCGCUGCCCGUGCCGGCCAAGGGGAAGACCUCAGUGUGGCUGCUCUGCUGGGACGUGCUCUGGGGCAUGGUCGGCUUCUGCCUCACCCACGAGGUCCCCGAGGCGUUGAUCGAGAUGUUCGCGUCGACGUUGAGCUCGCUGCGCAACUCCCACCACCAGCUCUUCACGCCGGUCCGCCGUCCCCCCUCCUGUUCUGCAGCCCGCCACGAGGACCCGUCCUUCUAUCUGCCGAGCAGCGCCCCCCUGCGCUCGGCGGGCGCGGCCGAGGGUCGCGGGCCCGCACACGCGGAGGCCCUGGCCGCGGCGGCGGCGGCGUGCGCGGAGGCGGGCUCCGCCGAGGUGGCGGGCGCCCACGACGAGGAGAUCUUCGCGUUCGCCGGCGCAGCCCCGGACAUCCUGUGGAAGGUAGAGGGGCGCCGGCCAGCGGGUGCCGCGGCGUCGUCCUACGCCAAGGCGCCCGUGGCCGUGUCCUGCUACGUGGAGGCGAACCAGAACAGGAACCUGGACGUUCGAUCCGUGGAGUUCGCGCUGCGCAGCCUGGAGCAGCCGCCCGGCGCCCCAGGCGCGGAGGGCGACGCGGCCCGCCCCGACGAGGAGGUGGUGCAGACGUUCCUGGGUACGACCCAGUCCCCGACGCACAGGACGAUGCUGCACGUCUCCGCGCCGCGGGUGCAGCACGUGCAGGGCUUCGCCCUGGGCCUGCUGGAGGAAGCGCAGGGCUUCCCGCAGCCCGCUCUCGAGGUGUUCUUCCUCUACAUGUUAUGUUCCGUAUUCCUAGAUGCAAGGCGCGUGCUGCUCGACACGAACAAGGUGGCCUUGGCGGCGCGUGCGAUGUGCCUGCUGGUGCUGUUCUGCCGGCGCGUGGUGCUGCACAACCUCUGCAGGCUCGGCACCGCCGCGUGCCGCGGCCGGGCCGACGCCGUGGCGCACCUGGAGGCGCUGCUGGCCGUGUCGCUGCCGCACGUGCUGAGGUCGCUGAUGGCGCUGGCCCGCAGCGACGGUCCCUCAGGGCUGAGGGAGGCUGGUCUUUGGAAGCUGGCGCUGGAGACGGCCGUCUACCUCGUGGACGAUUCGCUUCCUGCCGUUGAGCGCGGCGAGGUCAGCAAGAAGACUUGCGCUGCCUAUUGGGCCGCCGUGUCCGAGGUGCUCGGGGCCGCCGUCAAGUCGGCACUGCACGAGCCCGAGGCGGCGGCCGCGGCCGCGCCCGGGGCGGCGCCGCUGCUGGUCGAGGCGCUGGGCGGCCUGUGCGCGCAGCGGGCGCUGCCCUGCGCGACCGUGCCGGCGGAGGUGUCCGAGCGCGUGGUGGGCCUGCUCGGCGAGCUGGACGCCGCCAGCGGGCGCCUGGGCGCGGGCCGCGGCGCGCUGGGCCACCUCUUUGACCUGUGCUCGCGGCCGCAGGAAGCGCCCGCCGGGGCAGGGCCUGCGGCCGAGGGCGUCGGAGGGGCUGAUCAAAUUCAUGAGGGGAGUCAACAAGAAGAGAACCGCCUCGGCCCGCCGAAGGGCGGCACUGCGAAGGCCGGCUGCGGCAAGCGCGGGCGCCUGGAGGCCGCCGCGGCGCUGCUCGACGGCCACCACGGCUCGGCGGCGCCGUCCUUUGCGCGCCAGGUCGGCAGCGGCGGCGUGGCGGCUGCAGACGCCUCCAGCACCCGUGCCCAGGACGCUGUCGGGCGCAGCGGCGCGCAGCGCGGACGGCCCGCCGACCUGGUGGCCGAAGCGGGAGGCCGCCAGCGCAGCGGCAGCCUUGGGGUCCGCAUCGUGGGCGUCGCCCAGGCCCUGGAGCCCGACGCGGACCCCGAGGAGGCCAAGCUGGCCCAGUUCGUGGAACUCCCCCGCCUGUCGGGUGACGAGCUUGCGGGGGCCAAGUACAGGCGGCGGCUGGACGCCCUCCGCGCCCAGCGCCUGGUGGCCAGGCCCCUCUCUGUGGCCGAGGCAGGCGCUGCCAGGGACGCUGCCGCCGCCGCCCUGGACGACGCCCUGGCCGAGGCGGAGGAGCUCCAGCGGCGCCUCGGCCAGGCCACCGAGCGCGUGGCCAAGUGCACGGCCACCCUGGCAGUGCAGGCCUUGGCGAGCACCGUGGCCCCAGCGGCGGCGCCAGGAGGCGGCGCCCGUUGCGGGGCAGCCAGCCGCCGAGGGUGCAGCAACGCCUGCGGCUGCGCCUACGGCCCCCGCUGCCCCGCGCCUGCCGCCGCCGCCGCCGCUGGCAGCCAGCAGGAGGCCCCCGCCCAGGCGCCGCAGCGGCGGGUGCAGUGCAUGGAGGUUGUCACAUCCUGUGGGUUCUGGACUUCGCGUGCUCGGUUGGGGGAGUACGAGUUCAUGGAUGCUGAUCCUGCGCGCUGCGUGGGCCUCAAGCGCAUGGAGUCGGACGCGUUUGGCAACGGGCGCGACGCCACCUGGCUCUGCGUCGGCGACUUCGGCACCUGCGGCAGCCUGCGUCGGCGCCACGUCGGGCACCACCUGGAUUGGAUCCUCCUGCUCGCGGGGUCCUUCGGCCAGAGGCUCGGGGAGCUCAUGGCGCCGGCGGCGGCCGAGCCGAGGGUUCGCGAUGCGCGGGGCGCUGCGUGCUGGGGCGGCGCCAGCGGCGCGGCUGGGGCGCGGCCCCGCGGCGCGCGGGCCCCCAGCCGCGGCGCGCGCGACGGCUGCGACGGGCGCGGGCCAGGUCGGCUCGACGCCAACCCACUCCUGGACUGGAUCCUCCACCUCGCGCUGCUCCUCGGCCAUAGGCACCUGGCGCUCCGGGCGCUGCUGGCGGGUUCGGCGCCGGCGCUGGCUGGUCGGCUGGGGCGCGGCCUUGCGGCGCGGGGGCCCCCCGCCAGGAUGCGCCCGGGCUGGGCGCCCACGACGCCUGCUGCACGGCUGCUGCGGAUGCUGGGGCCGGGGCGCAGCCCCGCGGCGCAAGGGCCGCCGCCCCUCGCGAGGGCGAAGCGCCGCCCAAGGGCGCCCGAGGGCCCCGCCCGAGGCGCGCUCGGCGGCGCCAGGCGCGUGGCCGCGCAGAUCAGCGGCGCCUACGAGCAGCUCCGCAACGGGCUUCUGGCGGACGACGGCCGCGCGUUCGGCGCCGCCGCGCUGGCGGCGCGCGGCGGCGCCCCCGCGCGGCUGCCGCCACGGCUGCCAGGCCGCGGGGCGCUGCUGGCCGCCGCGAUGCCGGCGCUCCUGGCCCGCCUGCGUACGCUGUUCGCCACCUUCGCCGAGGACGAGGCGAGCGCCGGCCCCGACGGCCCGCCGGCGCACGCGGCCGAGGAUGUGGCACAGGCGUUGGCGCGCCUCGCCGCCGCUGAGCUGGACCCAGCGGCCUUGGCCGAGCUGUCGCCCUCCGCAGCGGCGAAGGCCAAGGCCGCCUGCGAGCUCGCCGGGCCGCGCGGCCUGACCCUCACGCUGCUGCCGCAGCUGGCGAGGCUGGCCGCGUCCGCCGACCCCGGCGUGCGGCGCGGGGUGAGCGGGGCGCUGCGGGGGCUGUCGACGGAGUUGGAGCUCUGACGGCGGCCUUCGGUCUGCCUGCGCCGCCGCGGACCAGGCUGGUGCGCCAGCAGAGGGCGGCCGCGGCCCCGGUGCAGAGGGCUGCCGCGACCGCCCCGUGGGCGAGCGGGGCCUGUGCGGGGGCGAA